AUGUCUGGCGAAGCGUGGCUUUAUCUGCUGGCGGUGCUGGUCAAUGCCGUCAACCUCUUUCUUCAGGUGUUCUUUACCAUUAUGUACAGCGAUUUAGAAUGUGACUAUAUCAAUCCCAUUGAUCUCUGCAACCGUCUGAAUGCCUAUAUCGUCCCUGAAGCCGCCGUCCAUGCCUUCUUGACCUUCCUGUUCGUCAUCAAUGGCUACUGGCUUGCUAUCAUAUUGAACUUGCCUCUGUUGGCGUUCAAUGCGAAGAAAAUCUACGAAAAUCAGCACCUGUUGGAUGCAACUGAGAUCUUCCGCAAGCUGAACGUGCACAAGAAGGAAUCCUUCAUCAAGCUCGGGUUCCAUCUCUUGAUGUUUUUCUACUACCUAUACAGCAUGAUCGUUGCUCUGAUCCGCGACGAAACUCAGUGA